AUGACCGUGUUUCUGGGCGUCUAUAAGGCGCUGUACGAUUACGAGCCGCAAACCGCCGAGGAAUUGGGCAUCAAGGAGAAUGAUGUCUUGUAUCUGUUGGAGAAAUCCGACGUGGACGAAUGGUGGACCGUGAAGAAAAGAGUUAUCGGGAGUGACGCGGAGGAACCUGUAGGAUUGGUUCCGUCGAACUAUGUGGAGCCUGCAACCGCGAUCUCGGUGGUGAGAGCGGUUUACGAUUACGAACAGGUGCAGAACCCGGAUGAAGAGUUGGUAUUCCAUGAAAACGAUGUGUUUGAUGUAUUUGACGACCAGGAUCCCGACUGGCUGCUUGUCCAGUCGCAGAGCAGCAAGGAAUGUGGGUUUGUGCCGGGGAACUACGUGGAAGCUGCGGGAACGGCAGCACCAACGGAAGCGCCCGCACCUCCAAUUGCGCCUUCAAACUUCCAACCGCCACCGCAACAUCCAAGUAAGACGUCUUCCGAGAGCCCCACGCCAAUGGAGGAGGAACAGGCGCCCCCAAUGCCCGAGCGGAAUGCUCCGCAGGAGAAGGAAGACGUUCCCCCACCAAAACCUGCCAGACCUGUAUCCUCGAAUCUGGACACCGAUAGAGACAGAACUCGAGACAGGCUGUCUUACAACACGCAUGAGUCUGACGAUGAUUAUAACACUUAUGAUAGACAUGAGAGAAAUGGGCACGAGGACCGUGAGGCUGUCGCGAGCAAUGAAGCCCGUGGGAUGAAUAGCGAGUUUCAUACUUGGAAUAUUGCCGAAGUGGAUGGACGUAAGAAGCGCAAAUGUAAACUGUCGAUUGGCAAUAACAGAAUUUACUUCCAGCCACAAAAGGGAACGCCUACGGAGUGGACUAUUGAUAAGCUGACUUCUUACGAUAACGAGAAGAAGCAUAUGUUUUUGGAGUUUAUCGAUCCUUAUAAGAGCCUUGAAUUGCACACGGGCAAUAAUGAUACGUGCAUGGAGAUUAUGACCAUAAUCGGGGAAUUCAAAGGUGCUUCCCGCGACGCCGGCUUGCGUGAAGUCGAGAUGGCAUCGAAGACCAAGAAGCAGGGCACUGUUCUUUACGAUUUCAUCGCAGAGUCUCAGGAUGAACUGAGUGUGAAACAAGGUCAAGCCGUCUACAUCCUGAACGAUAAGAAAUCAAGAGACUGGUGGAUGUGCGAAGUGGUGGGCACCGGUAAGCGGGGAGUGGUUCCAGCGCAAUUUAUCGAACCAUCAAAGGACAACAAUACCUCUUCAGGUGGCAUACUAAGCUCUUUCAAGAAAUUCACUAAGUCAAAUAAAUCUCCUUCCAAGCCUGCAGCUGGAAGCAGUUGGAAGAACGAUGAGGAGCAGGAUAUCGGGAGCUCCGAGAGGAAAACUAGAACACGAAGCAAAUCAACAUCAGAAAGGAGAAAAAGGUCAACAUCAGCCAACAAAGCAGAGUUUCCUGAUCCCAAGAAGACACGUAUAUGGGUCGAUAGAUCAGGUACAUUCAAAGUUGAUGCCCAGUUCAUAGGUUGCUCCGAUGGCAAGAUUCAUUUGCAUAAAGCUAAUGGUGUCAAAAUCGCAGUUGCAGCUGACAAAUUGUCUGAUGAUGACCUGCUAUUCGUGGAAAGAACGACGGGAUUCAGUCUGGAUAAACACAAGGGCAAAAAGUCUGACAGCAAGGAUGCUCGAGAAUCCGAGCGUGAGAGAAGGAGAAGACUGAGGGAACAAGAUGAAAGAGAGCGUGAUAGGAGAUUGAGAGAAAGAGAACUGGAAGAGUUACGGAAAGCUAGAGAUUUGCUGGAUCAAGAGAGAGCUAAACUGCAGGAGAGGGAUUUAGCGCCACCGGCAAAACCCCCCAGACCUAUGUCUCAGCCAGCAUCCCAGCAGACACCAACAGCAUCAACUGAGAGUAAAGUAUCUGCAUCAUCCACUGAGGUUAAACAAAAUUAUGACUGGUUCGAAUUUUUCCUCAACUGUGGUGUCGAUGUGAGUAACUGCCAACGUUACACAAUUAAUUUUGAAAGAGAAAACAUCACUGAGGAUAUGAUGAAAGAUAUAAACCCCGCAAUGCUCAGGACUCUAGGCCUGCGUGAGGGAGACAUCGUGAGAGUCAAUAAGUAUCUUGAUCAAAAGUUCGGCAGGGAUUCUCAACCCCAAUCCGCGGGAGGGCUAUUCUCGAAACCCGAUGGAUCACUCCUUGUUCCUCCAGCCCAGGGCAAUGCAGCUGUCGGGCCAACGGUCGCUCAGCAAUUAUUGCCACAACAUACUGCACCAGCUCAGGCAGUUACUACUGCUGAUGACGACGCUUGGACAGUCAAGCCAGCUGUUAAAUCCGAGAUCAACCUCUCUUCAACCAAGGCAGAAUUUACCGGUUCUAUGCAAGAUUUGCUUGAUUUACAGCCUUUGGAGCCUAAGCAAAAGCCAGUAACGCCAGCUCCUGAACCUAAAAUAAAGGAUUUAGAACCUGUGAAAACAGGCAAUAACUCACAAACACAAGCUGGUCUCAGUUCAGUUCCUACUGGGGGCACCACAUUAAUUCCUCUUGACCCUUUCAAAACUGGUGGACACAAUCUGCUACCGAUGGCUACAGGCUUUGUGAUGAUGCCAAUUGCAACCGGGGGACUAAUGUCUAUGCAGAGGACCGGUGGGAUAGCCGUUCCUCAGACAACUUUCGGAACCGUGGGUGCGGGGAACGUGUUACAGCCUCAGCGUACUAGUGGAGGUCUAAUCCCAAUAUCAACCACCGGUGGAAUUAUGCCACAGACUUCAUUCGGUGUGCCAGCGAUUAAUAACGUUCUUCCGCUGCAAAGAACUGGGGGCUAUCUUGCUACGUCAACCACUGGGGGGAUGAUAAAUGUACCACCACUGGGAUCCGUCUUACCUCUUCAAAAGACUGCCACAGGACUGCUUCCAGUUAAUACGACUGGAGGUUUUGCCGUGCCACAAAGCACCGGUGGCAUGAUGCCUUUGCAAAGAACAGGCGGUGGCAUACCUCAAACAAGCUUCGGAUUUCCAAAUCAACCAUUGGGUACUGGUAAUGCAAUGCCCGCAACCAGCUUCAAUAAUCGUCCUCAGCUUAUGGCUACUGGUAACAUGACUGGUGGUAUGAACAUGCUUCCCCAAACGACUUUUGGUACGCAAAUUACCGGUGGUGCUAAUAUGAUGCCUCAGGUAAAUCCUGCUAUUCAGCCCAGCUUCCCCUCCUUCGCUGGGAAUGGCAUGAUGUCUCAGAAUUCUUUUCCAAAUAAUAAUAUGACAACUGGUGCAAAUUUUGUACCAGGCACAAAUGUGCCUGCGAAUUACGCUGUUCCACAGACAUCAUUCGGUAGCCAGACUGUCGGUAAUGCUCCUCAAACUUCAUUCGGAGGGGCACAACUGACUGGCGGCAUCAUGCCAAUGCAAAGAAUUGGCGGUUUACCUAUAACCCAGCAAUUUCCCCAGAUGACUGGCGGAUUUCAACAGAAUGGCCAACUCAACAUUCAGGGCGCUCAAUACACGGGGCAGCCGCUUAGUCAAUUCUCGAAUGGUUUCAACAGCGGUCUGAAUAAUAUAACACAAGGCCUACAAAAUGCUUCCUUAUCGCAGCAGCCCUUGCAAACACAACCAACGGGCUUCGGAUUCGGAAAUGGUCCUGAGCAACAAGGUCAACAGCAACCUCAACAGCAAUCCAGACAAGCGAACCUUUUUAAUGCUACGGCGGAUAAUCCUUUCGGCUUUUAA